GUUUUGUUUCCACGCUGUCCCGAAUAAAAGAUAUUUUCGGGGUGAUAAUCUGUGUCUCAGUGCAUGUAAUCAGUCUGAAAAGUUGGAUAAAGUGGCGGUCUACACCAGAAAGUUGUUAAUUAUCUUUUGGGAAUCAAUUAAGCUGUGGAAAAUUAAGUACACCGCAUAGGCGUCACUUUCAUUUUUGCUGGGUCGGAAAAAGAAGAAGCUUCGCGUACAAUUUUCGUUGUAAUCGUUCGCAUAUUUAUGAGGGUCCCUGGUGAUUUUCACUUGUAAAACAGUGCUCAAAUAUAUUUUCAGGUGAUGGACAAUUAUGGCACGAUGAACAAUUCAUACGGGAACAUUGUGUACAGUGGUCAGAUAAGUGAAAUUACACAACUGCAAAACCAAACAGUGCAGUAUCAAUAUCAACAACAAGAACAAGUUCAGUAUUUCGACGCACUGAAAGAAAAUCAGUAUCAGGAGCGAGAAACUAUAAUUACUAAUAACGUCACGACUGAAGCUCCCUGCCUAAACACUGAACAAGUAGUUUAUCAAGCACCAGAACAGGAAUUUCCGGUUGCAAUGGAGGAACCGGCACCAGUUGAAAAUCAUGAUGCCCAAGCUGAGACACUUGAGGAAAAUCAUCAGCCAGAAGAACCGGCUACCGAAGAACCGGCGAUUGAAACAAAUGGUCAACAGGAGACCAUGGAAGAAGAGCACUUAGAGGAAGAAAAACAAGUGUCUGAGGAGGUGAAAGAGGAAGUUGAAAAGGCAGAUGAAGUGACUAAAGAAGACAAUGUAGAUGAAGCAGCCGCAGAAGAAAAGAAAGAAGAAAUAAAAGAGGAAGUAAAGGAUGAAACUGAUAAGGUUAAAGUUCGCCGUAAGGAUGGAACUCCUGCCGAUUUGGAAAUUUGUCGGGUGUGUCAAUCGAAAGAGGAACUGAGCGAUAUUUUUGAAUUCGACACAUCAGUUCGAAUUUGUGAUUUAAUUAUGAAGAUUUGUACCAAUGUUCGCAUAGCAGAACGUGACCACCUUCCGCAUAAGAUCUGCAAAAGUUGUGUUGAUAAAGUCCGAAUAGCAUUCGAAUUCAAGACAACCUGUGAAAAAACAGAUAAGGAGUUACGACAAACAUUAAAACGAAGUUACAAAUCUAGGCGAACUACGGAUUUUGUAAUCGUUAACUGCCCCAUGUCGGAUGAAGACGAGAAUGAUGAAGAGCCCCAGGACGACGAUGAGUAUAAAGUUUCUCAAUCAGAAGUUGAAUCAGAACCGGUAACAUCAGACGACAGUUUUGCGCCUUCAGGCAAGAAAAAGAAAACUCCGAAGCGACGUGGACGUCGAACAAGAAGUGAACCUGUAUCAGCCCCUGAACCACCAGUAAAACGAAGACGAGGGCGUCAGCCCGGUUAUAGCCCAAAAGCUGCAGCAGCAGCCAAAGCAUCAUCAUCAAAAAUUGCAACCCCUGUUGUAGAUACUCCCCGUCGUCGUGGUCGUCCGCCAAAGAACAGUCGAUCUCCGGGACUCGCAAAUGUGGUUUACAUUGAAGCACCCGAUCCCAGCUCAUCGGACAGUGAGGACGAUAAGCCCAUCAGAACACGCAAAACCCACGACUGCACCAAGUGUGAUGAAACAUUCAACACCGGUGUUGAACUUAAAGAGCAUUUGCAAUCCCACAAAGGAGAUCUGUUCCCUUGUACAAAGUGCGAGAAAACAUUCAAGUCGAAGGUCUAUUUAUCGAAUCAUUUGGAGCGACACACGCAGGACGAAAAGAAACGGGAGGAGAAGCUGAAGGCAAAGGAGCAGAAAAAACAACAACAGCGACUCAAGGAGAUCCAAAAACGCAAGGAACACGAAGAACGUCUCAAGCGGCAGAAAGCUCAAGCGGGAAGCGCGGAGAAGAAGAAAAAACUGGAACCAACGCCGGUCGGUACCGGCCGAGAUCUUUUCAAAUGCGUAGCUCCGCUCACUUCCACUUACUGGAGCGACAGUUUUUCGGAUUAAAAAGCGACGAUCGGGCUGUGGAUAUAUGGCUAUCGUGUGUGUCAGACUGCUGAAAGCGUGAGAACAUCCCGAAGAAUGAAUCUGAAUUCCCCGAACCACGGUGCCAUCGAGAUCGUCUGCGAGUGAAAUAAGUUUUAUUUUCCUGUUCCAUAUAUUUUGUUUUUCAUAAUGUUUCUUUCGCCGUGAACCAAUUUGCGUGGAAGAAGCCAUAUCGUCUUUUGAUUCGGUUUGCGUGGAUUGCUCUGAACGUGAAACUUCUAAUAGUGUAUCGAAAAGGUACUUUGAGUAACGAAAAUGUUAGGAUAAGGUAUAGAUUGAAUGUAAGAUUCUUAAUUCUUUUGCUGCUUAUUGAUAUUGACAGAAAAUUAUUUUCACAUUUUAGUUAAGGCUACAGAUCACACAAACAUAUUUUCACGAAUGAUGAUAAGCAUUUCAGAACAAUCAAAAACUUCAUUCAGAAAGAAUGAAACAAGGAAAAUCAUUACGGAACAGCCAGUACUAAAUUCGAAAAGGGAGACAAAACCUAAGUUGCUUAGUUUAGUGCAAUGUUCAUCAUAGAAGCAAAAACAACAGAUUAUUUAAUUAGAUGAACACUUUAAUUCGAAAUAGGUUGUCAUCAUACUUUACGGUCUUAGAAAAAUUAUAGGUUUUCAUCCGAUAAUCGUAAGCAUUUGGAUUGCUCUUUAGAAUGCAUUCAAUAAAUAAGACAAAAACUGGUAAAACAUA